AUGCCGAACACCGAGGUGACACUAAUCCUUAGCGACUGGACUAGGGGGAGCAAUGGCAAGAAGCUUGAGCUACCUCACAUCCCGAUGGACGCAGUCAUAUCCGAUAUAAAGAAGUCUGUCUUAGAAGCUCUGGACGCAAGCGAUUUACAGCCAGAAACGAUCCUGCUGUUCGUCGGGACUCUUCAGCUUCGAGACGACAAAUUGCUCAGGGAUUACAAUAAAUCUGGCCGAUCAAAGCUAUCGAUAGAUGUCUAUGAACGUGUAGAUAUGAACCUAAAGGUUAAGACUCUCCAACAUUGUGGAUCUGGCGGAUGCGUCUGCAUACCAGUCUGGUCCUUCCUGUGUCGCCAAACAAUAAAAAUAACUAUAGGUGAUCAUGAGACAGUUGGCGACCUCAGAACGAAGAUUGCAGAGGAGUUGGACGACCCCAACAGGUACAAGCCAGAGAACAUCAAGCUUACCUUCAUGAGUAAUAUGCUUUUCGAUGACUCCCAAACCCUCAGGGAUGCGGGUAUACACAAUGACGACACCAUCAACUUGCUAGUUGACUGCUGCUACUGGAAAAAGUCACGUAAAACUUGCAACGAGGGGGCUGCUUCGGCGGGGCUGCCCCAUGGGGAAGCUGUAGAAGAGGCUGGACAAGGUGCCGCCGAAGCCGAGGGCGCCGUAGAACAGGCAGCUGCGGAACACAAUGGCAGCGCAGCAGCUGAGGCUACCCAAGAUGCCCCAUUGGUGGAAGAUGCGGCGGAAACAAAGGAAUAG